UGUCAAUAAUUUUGUAUAAUACUUCUUGCAUGUUAUUUAUAUUUUUACACAUUCUUCCCAUGUUGGGUAUAUUUAAACACGUCACUUAAUAUUAUUAUGUGAUUUAAUAAAAUGUUAAAUUUAUUACCCUUGAGGAAUCCAGCUAAUUCCCUUCUUUACGGUAAAACUGGUCUACAGAGGAUCAGAGUUGGGAAGCAUUCUAAGGUCAUUGAGGUGGAUACAUCCUCUAUUGAUGAGAUUUAUAGUCAUUCCAGAGAUGACGUUACUCUCCACAACAACUUUGUCCCCCUAAAACACAAAAAUUUUAUGGAAUACAAACUUGUUGCGUACCACUUGAUAGAAGCCUUUGAAAAACCCGAGAGAAGCUUUAAAACCACUCUAGGUGGAAUCGCAUUUUUCGAUAAACUAAAGAAUCUAUACUCGAAAAAGAUGUUACAAACUGAAGUGGACGCGCUUCUAAACACCAAGGAGUCCUCUACCUCCUUUCCAAUUCAGGGAAAGAAUAUUUAAUCUUUUAACAUUUACAACACACACACUACCUGUAUUAAAACCUUAUUAACAAUAAAUAUAUGAAG